GGACAAUUUGUUGAAAAAAUUAUAAAACAAUGCUGAAAAUAAACAUAGAGGGAACUUACAUUGCCGACUUAACAUUAUGGUGGUUGUUUACAUCGUGGAUGGCACAAUUCAUUGCAGUUGCUGGUUGUCCUGUGGGAACUUUUGGAUAUUUAUGCUCCUACACAUGCCACUGUGCCUUUGAUACACCAUGUGAUGCUGAGACAGGAGCCUGUUUUGAUGAAUGCGCACCUAGAUUUACAGGAAAACCAUACUGCCAAUUGGAAAAUAUAGCAAAAGGAAAACCUACCUAUCAAGAAACGUCAAUCACAGACAAUUCGGCAUUAGCUGUAGAUGGAAAUAGGAACCAAACAGGGGCAGAUAAUUCUUGUUCCUGGUCUGUUAAUUUUAGAUAUCCAUUUAGAACUCUGUGGAGAGUUGAUUUACAAGAUGUUUACAGCGUAAACAAAGUAAAAGUCUUCUUCAGAAAUGACUCCAAUGUGAGUUCUUCAAGAAGAACAGGUGCCCGUGUUUACGUCACAACAACAGAGGAGUUUCACUUGGAACCAGUAUGUUAUACCAGUCAUAUGAAGGGCGACGUAUUUUUUAAUCCUCCAUCAAUAUUAGAACUAAAGAACUGUACACACAGGGGACAAUUUGUCACAGUUUAUAACCAACGUCCAGUCGUCGAUUCCUCAAAUUGUCCAAAGACGUCUUACUCGUGCUGGGCUAACCUGGAGUUAUGUGAAGUAGAAGUCUAUGUUUGUUCUUAUGGAACGUUUGGAGAAAACUGUGACAAAUUCUGUCAUUGUAAAGGAGGAACAUGUGAUCAAAGAACUGGUCUCUGUCCUGGUCGUUGCUUGUCUGGAUGGAUUGGCUCUGAAUGUGAUAUGGCAUGUACCAAUGGAACAUAUGGAGAAAAUUGUGACACAUUGUGUGGAAAAUGUAUAAAUGGGGAGGCAUGUGACGUCAUCACAGGGAAAUGUCUGAACGGAUGCGAAGCAGGUUGGAAAGGAGCCAAAUGUACAAAACCAUGUCCACAGUAUACGUAUGGCUUUAAUUGUUCAGGUGCUUGCUUUAACUGUGCUAAUUUAACAGAUUGUGACAAGAAAACAGGAAUUUGUCCACUUGGAUGUGCCAAAGGUUUCUUUGGCAGUCAAUGUAGUAAUAAGUGUCCAGCUGGCAGCUAUGGAAAAACAUGUCAAUUACAAUGUGGAAGAUGUGCUGGUGGGGAAACAUGUAAUUCACAUACUGGAGAAUGUCCUAGAUUUUGUGAGCCAGGUUAUGCUAUGCCACUAUGUCAAGGACCAUGUCCAGUUGGAUCAUUUGGAGAAAAUUGUUCUAUAGCAUGUGGUAAUUGCAGAAAUUAUGAUCCUUGUAAUCAUAUUACUGGGGAAUGCACAAGGGGAUGUGGUCCUGGUUGGAGUGGCCUACAUUGUGUUACACCGUGUAAGCACGGAUAUUGGGGUUAUGAUUGCGCAAAAGAAUGUAGAACAUGUAGUGAUGAACAUUGUGACCACGUGACUGGUAUCUGUAUACACGACUGUAAACCAGGGUACCAAGAUCCGAAAUGUGACAGGAAAUGUCCAUCUGGACUUUAUGGUAGUGGUUGUACACAAAUUUGUGGACAGUGUGCGGACCAUGCAUCAUGUGAUUCAAUAAUGGGACACUGUCCAACGGAAUGCAGUUCCGGCUGGAGAGGAACUCAUUGUAAUAUACCCUGUUCGGAAGGAUUCUAUGGCGAUGACUGUAAAGAUAGGUGUGGCCAUUGUCAUAAUAAAACAGCAUGUGACCCAGUCUCAGGAAAAUGUCAAAUUGGAUGCCAAGAUGGCUAUCAUGGACUGCAAUGUAGAGCUGUAAACAGUAGUGGAGUAGUGAUGUCCGGUGGCGUCAUUGGUUGUUUGGUUGGUGUUGUUGUAGUUAUAGCAUUAAUAGUUGUAACUUGUUCAUUAAGACACUACAUGACAAAAAGAUCAAGAAAAGCUGAUAAACAAAUGAAUGUCGUUUACAAUAAUGCAGGACACAUAAGUGCAGAAAACGAACCAGAAGUACAGCUAGAAAUUACAAAUGGUGAUAUGGACAAUGAUUAUUACAACGUUGGUAGGGAGGCCCGUGGCAUCCCUGUUUCUAGUAUGAAAGAAUAUUUACGUAGAAUUGAAAGUGAUUCUUCUAGAUACAAGAACGAAUUUGAGGAGUUACGUAAUGAUGUUCCUAUUUAUCCACACUUGGCAGGACAAAAAGCAGAAAACAAAGCUAAAAACCGUUUUCUAACAACGUUUCCAUAUGACCAUUCCAGAGUAGCUUUAAAACCAUUGCAAGGUGAAGCUGAAUCAGAUUACAUUAAUGCCAACUUUAUUGAUAGUGUUGAAUCAAGAAAAGUAUAUAUAGCAGCUCAAGGUCCCAAUCGUUUGACUGUUCGUGAUUUUUGGAGAAUGAUUUGGCAGGAGAAAGUUGGACUGGUGGUAAUGCUGGCAAAUGUUUAUGAAGAUGGAAAGGUUAAAUGCGAGAAAUACUGGCCUGAAACUAAGCCAUUGAGGUACUGUGAGGUCUUGAUAUCAUUGGAUGACUGCAAAGAAUUGAGCACGUAUACUGUACGACAUAUGACUGUCGGUAAUGUAAAGACGUCAGAGACACGGAAGGUCAUACAGUUUCAUUUCACUGGAUGGCCAGAUCACGGUGUACCAGAUACCAUGGAACUUGUGGAGUUCCAUAGAAAAGUCAUGUCUACAAACUCUCCUCAAAGGGGGCCACUACUUGUACAUUGCAGUGCUGGAGUCGGUAGAACAGGCACGUUUAUCGGCUUGGACGCUCUGUUUAAAUAUGGUACGAAAUCUACACAUGUGGACAUUCAUAACUUUGUUCGAAAAAUGAGAGAAUGUAGGAUGACCAUGGUUCAAAACGUCGAACAAUACAGACUUCUACAUGUGGCUUUGUUGGAAGCUUUCAAUUAUAGACACACGUCAAUUAAUCGAACAGAUUUCUCUAAAAAGUACGAAGAAAUCAAACAUGAUAACAAACAUCUUCUUAAGGAGGAGUUCAAGCAACUGACGGACAUUAAACCGAGUCAUUCUAAUUCCGAAUGCAGCACUUCUCUCUGUCAAGACAAUAUUCAGAAAAACAGAGCCUUAGAUGUUUUACCAGUUGACAGGUAUCGACCAUUUCUGAGCACUCAUAUACAUGGCACAAAUGAUUAUAUAAAUGGUAUUAUUUUACCUUCCUAUUCGAGAGGUGGAAAUUAUAUAGUUACACAGACACCGCUUGUUAACACUGUUGUAGAUUUUUGGAGAUUAUUAUUUGACCAUGAAUGUAAAACUAUUGUAUCAUUAAACCUCUUAGAUGAAGAACAGGAAGAAACUGGCGUAUGGUGGCCAUCUGAGGGAGAAUCUGUUUCAUAUGGACCUUUGAAGAUAAAAACUGAAUCUGUUUCCGAUAUACAUGACAGUUUUACUCAAAGAACAUUUUCAAUGUUAAAAAGAAAUUAUGGUGACCCAAGAACUGUGCGGUCAUUCCAUUUUACGAAGUGGCCUGUUAAAUCGAAACUACCGAUAUCUAAACACUCACUGCUAUCCCUUCUAGAUACAGUUGAGAGGUGGAAAAAUGAAAUUGGCUCGGACACAGUCGUGGUUCAGUGCAUGAAUGGCGCGAAUUGCAGUGGAUUGUAUUGUGGCAUUAGUCUUAUUCUUGACAAUCUUCGCUUAAAACAAGAAGUUGAUGUUUAUCAUGCAGUUCAGAAGAUACAAUCAAGACGCGAACAGUUCAUAAAUUCAUCUGAACAGUACGAAUAUUUGUACGAGAUUGUUUCGGAAUACAUAAAUUCCAGAGACAUUUAUGGAAACUUGGAAUGAAAUCCGGUGACAUUUCACAAACUGAAAUCCAGAGCCCGAAAGAACAACAGCAUUGUAACCAGUAACCUGUAAUCAUCAAUCAAACAUAUUUUUGUUGAAGUGCUUUUUGGCAAAUCACGUUGGUACUUUUUAGAAGGACACAUGAUUAUUGUAUUUAUAAAGUGCAGUUAUUUGUUUCUUUAAAGUAAAAGCCUUGUAUUUUACUACGAGUUUUUUAUUGUUAUAUGUAUAGAUACUGUGAUUAAAGAUAUGUUGUAUUUGUGACCCAAAGGAACAAUAGGGUCGACUAUAAAUAAACUGAUGAUCUCUUUAAAACAAUUGGUAGACAUCAAUCAUUCUGUUGACAUACCUGUUAUUAAAAUUAAAUUAUUUUUUUCAA